AUCCGUUCCUCCCCUCCAUUUUUCUGACAGUGGUUGCAUCCAAGCUCAGCACCGACUGUUCCAACAGGCGCACGUGGUGCCUCCUUCCGGGUUGCUAGUGGGGUUCAGGGCAGGAGGGAUCGCAACCGGACUGCGUGGGACUCCAUGGCGCCCAUUCAGAAGGCUUCGGGACGGAGAAGGAAAAGACAGCGGCGAUGUAAAGAUCAUGAUGUGGACGAGCAACAGGACUACGAGAUGCCAGUGCCAACCUUCCCCACGUCUGAUUGUACCUCUGAUGUCGAACCAGACACCCGGGAAAUGGUUCGGGCCCAGAACAAGAAAAAGAAGAAGUCCGGGGGCUUCCAGUCCAUGGGUUUGAGCUACCCAGUGUUCAAAGGGAUAAUGAAGAAAGGCUACAAAGUGCCUACCCCAAUCCAGAGGAAGGCUAUUCCUCCAAUCCUCGGAUGGCUUGAGGGAUGUGGUUGCCAUGGCUAGAACGUGAGCGUGAAGCACGCCCAGAGAGCUGACCUGUUUCCUCAUCCCCAUGCGUACGAAGCUGAAGGAACACAGCCAGCUAGAGAGACCAAGGGCCCGGGCCCUCAUCCUGUCACCCACUCGGGAACUGGCCCUGCAGACUCUGAAGUUCACCAAAGAGCUUGGCCGGUUUACUGGGCUGAAAACUGCCUUGAUUCUUGGAGGAGACAAAAUGGAAGACCAGUUUGCAGCCCUGCAUGAAAACCCUGAUAUAAUCAUCGCCACCCCUGGCCGCCUGGUUCACGUGGCCGUGGAGAUGAAACUCAAGCUGCAGAGCGUGGAAUACGUGGUGUUUGAUGAAGCAGACAGGCUCUUUGAGAUGGGCUUUGCUGAGCAGUUGCAGGAGAUCCUCGCCCGACUCCCCGAGAGCCGCCAGACAGUGCUGUUCUCUGCCACCCUGCCAAAACUUCUGGCGGAGUUUGCCCGAGCUGGCCUCACAGAACCCAUGUUGAUUCGCCUGGAUGUGGAGUCCAAGCUCAGCGAGCAGUUGAAGCUCUCCUUCUUCCAUGUUCGUGCGGAUGACAAGCCAGCGCUCCUCUUGCAUCUACUCAGAACAGUGGUUAGACCUCAAGACCAGACCCUCGUGUUUGUAUCCACCAAACACCACACGGAGUAUCUUAAAGAGCUGCUGACAGCUCAGGGUGUGGAAUGCACGCACAUCUACAGCUCUUUGGACCAGACAGCCCGCAAAAUUAACAUUGGCAAAUUCACCCAUGGCAAGUGCUCAGUGCUGAUCGUCACUGACUUGGCCGCCCGUGGGAUUGACAUCCCCUUGCUGGACAAUGUGGUCAACUACAGCUUCCCUGCCAAGGCGAAGCUUUUCCUGCAUCGUGUGGGCAGAGUGGCGCGUGCUGGAAGGAGUGGAACAGCCUACUCUUUGGUGGCGCCCGAUGAGACUCCGUACAUCUUCGAUUUGCACCUGUUUCUCGGCCGUCCCCUUAUCCUUGCCAGCCCCCACACGAAGCCCACAGAUGCAGACGGUGUCUUUGGUCGCGUACCCCAAAGCGUCAUUGACGACGAGGAGAGCCUGCUGCAGACAGACCACGAGCGCUCACUGGACCUGCAGAGUUUGCGUCGAGUGUCUGACAACGCUCAGAAGCAAUUCCUGAAGUCACGGCCGGGUCCAUCACCGGAAUCCAUCAAGAGGGUCAAAGAAAUGGACUUCUCCCUUCUGGGCAUUCAUCCUCUCUUUAGUUUGCGCUUUGAGGAGGAUGAGAUCGAGCAGCUAAAAUUCAUGGACAGCAUCAAAACAUACCGUUCCAAAGCAACUAUCUUUGAAAUUAACUCCACCAACAAGACUCUGGCCAGCGACAUCAUGCGAGCCAAACGGAGCCACGACCGGCCGCUCAUCGACCGGCACCAAAGGAAACAGCAAGAAAGGUUGGCCUUGGCAGCAGAGAAAGUCCAAGACUCAGCUAUGUCAGUUGCUGCUGUUGAAGACUCUGAGGAGGUGGAAGAAACCCUGCAGAAUGUCUUCUCCACUGUGGUUGGGAAGAAGCGAAAGCAGCCCCAGGUGGGACCUGGCACAGGGAAGAAGAGGAAACAGGCGACGCAGAGAGAUGAGGAAUUCUACAUCCCUUACCGACCAAAGGACUUUGAUUCUGAGCGUGGGCUCAGCAUCAGUAAGGAAGGCAGCGCUUUUGAGCAGCAGGCUUCGGGUGCCGUCCUCGACCUCAUGGGAGAUGAAAAUCAGAACAUGAACACAAACAAGCAACUUCUGAAGUGGGAUCGGAAGAGGAAGCGGUUCGUGGGGCAGGUGGGCCAGGAGAACAAGAAGAAAAUUCGAACGGAGAGUGGAGCGUACAUCAACAGCUCAUACAAAAGCAACCUUUAUGAGAGAUGGAAAAAGAAAAACAGGAUCGACGAACGGGAUUCUGACUCCGAGGCUGAAGGAGAUAAUAGAAGUGGGAAGAAACAGAAAGGCAGAGGGGGGCGCCCAAUGCAUACCUCCCAAGGCCGCCGUGGCUCCCAGCAGACGCAGGCCCGCUCUGAGCUGAAAACCAAGCAGCAGAUCCUGAAACAUCGAAAGAAAGAGUCCAAGCAGCGUUUCCUGCAGAGCGGGGGUCUCAAACGCUUGAAGUCCCGCAACCGUCAGCACGUCCAAAACCUCCGCAAGAGCGCUUUUGGGCGUGGCGGUUUCAAGAAGGGCAAGAUGCGGAAGAGGAUGUAGGGGUUCGAUGAGAGGGCAGAAGGCUCUCUACACUUGCCUCAUUGGGUGCCAACUCUGGGUUUCAAGGGAAAUGUUUUUUUUAAAGCUUUGUUUACAACUAAUGGGUCUGAAAUAGUUCUCUGAUCCAUCGGCCCUGGGGGGCCUUGAAGCCUUCACAAGUCCCCUGGCCUUGAACCAGUCGGAGAAUAAUAUUUCACCUCAGUGUUUGAUCUUCCCUGUUUUCUGACCUGGAUUUAGAACAAGUCUGUACAGCGUGGGGCUUAGCCUGGCAAAGCACAAUUCACCAGUUUGCUGAGGUCAGCGAAGUAUUUGACCAGAACCAAAUAUAUGCAGCAAAAGCAA